AUGCCAGAACUCAAAGUGCUCACGCAUAUCGGACUCCAAGCCAGGAAAAGCCAUGGCGCAAUACCUUUGUAUCUCAAUUUUACGGCCUCGGCGCGUUCAAGAAAAGGAAAUGAGGUCGCUGAGCAGCCGUUGUUGAAAGCUGGAGUUGUCGCAGAGGUCGCCGAUGGCCGAACACUUCGACUUUGCGGCGUGAGCAGAUAUGACUUCCGUGCCAACGGCCAUCGAACCGCGGCGGAACCCGCUGGAUGA